GCCAUUCAUGCUUCGGGGCGGCGCGGCGUGGACGCUUCGGGGGAUUCGGAUUCCAUUCAUUUUCCGCCCUUUUCGCCGUUUCCCAGCUCCUCCUCCUGGCGGGGUUCUCUCCAUCGCGCACCCUCUCUGCCUCUCAACCCAGCUCUCCACCCCCCUCCGCAUCAAUCCCUUCUCUCCCCUCGGUCUCUCGCGGUCCACUCCCCCUCAUCGCCUCUCACUCCACCCUUGCCUCACGUUUCUCUGCUCGCCGCCCUCCUCCCUCAGGGUUGCAAUGCCGCGUCGCGCCAAGAAGGAGCAAGAGGCAACGGCGGUAGAAGCCCCCAGCGACGAUGAGCCGAAGGCAAAACGCGGCAAGAAGGGCGGCGCGAAGCCGGCGGAGGAGCCCGCGCUUUACAAGGACCCGCAGGACAAGCUCGAGACCGCGGACGGCAAGCCGGCCACGCUCAAGAUCACCAGCUGGAACGUGGACGGCAUUCGUGCCUGGGUGAAGAAAAACGCGCUUGAGUGGGUACGUGAGGAGGAUCCAGAUGUGCUGUGCCUGCAGGAAACCAAAUGUGCCGAGAAAUCUCUUCCAGCUGAGGUUCUCGACAUGCCCGAGUUUCCACACAAGUUCUGGGCAUGCUCCGAUGACAAGGAGGGCUAUAGUGGCGUGGCCCUGCUGAGCAAGAAGAAGCCGAUAAAUGUCACGAUUGGGAUCGGCGUGGAGGAGCAUGACAAGGAAGGCCGUGUCAUUACAGCAGAGUUUGAUGACUUCUUCGUAGUGGCAGCAUACGUUCCCAACUCUGGCCGGGGAUUAGUGCGCUUGGAUUAUCGUGAAACGUGGGACAUCGCCUUCCGCACCUUUCUUAAGGAGCUACAAGAUCGUAAACCGCUCGUGCUGUGUGGAGAUCUCAAUGUGGCUCACCAAGAGAUUGACCUGAAGAAUCCCAAGACCAACAAAAACAAGACUCCGGGCUUCACGCAGCGAGAGCGCGAUGGUUUCACAGAGUUGCUCAAGGCUGGAUUUGUUGAUUCCUUCCGUCAUCUUUAUCCGGAGGUGCCCUAUGCCUACACUUUCUGGACAUACAUGAUGAAUGCACGUGCCAAAAAUGUGGGCUGGCGCCUUGAUUACUUUGUGUUGUCGGAGGCUCUUUUACCUAAAUUGUGUGAUAACAAGGUGCGCUCAAAGGUUAUGGGAAGCGAUCACUGUCCCAUAACUCUCCUGCUGGCCAUGUAGAGUAUAGACAUGUAUUCAUAAUAAAGGUUUUUGGGUUAGAUCGCGAUAUUUAUAAACGUGUUGUAACCCCCCACCACCCGACAUGGCCAAUCAGCAAAAAAGUGUCACGUUGACAAAUGACAGUUCACUACUUUAGC